GGAGAGUGACAAGUGGUUGUACGAUUCCUACCAGCCAUGCAAAAGACACCAAUCAGAGUCAGAUCUUUGUGAUUAAACCAAUAAGAUUUGGUUUGGUUUAGCCUUCCCAAAAUUCAAACUAAAGUGAAAACCAAAACCGAAAGUUUCAUAAACUCUUUUCCCGAACUAAAAAGCUCUCUCUUCACCUACCUAAACCCAUCACAUUGUAAUUGUACCAUAUCGUCGAAUGAUUCAGGUUACCGGCACGGCGGCUCCGGCCAAUUUAUCGCCCAAUUUACUUCGCCGACCGGCGGUGUUCCCCUACUCGUUGAGGCAACCUCUUAUCUUGCCUCUCCGGAGCGCAAAAGCCUUCAAAUCUCUCGCGUUUCUCGAUCUCAAAGGGGGUAAAGGAAUGAGUGGGUUUCAUGAGGUUGAACUCAAAGUUCGUGAUUAUGAAUUGGAUCAGUUUGGGGUUGUCAACAAUGCUGUUUACGCAAACUAUUGCCAACACGGUCGACACGAGUUUCUGGAGAGUAUCGGUAUCAACUGUGACGAAGUAGCCCGUUCUGGUGAAGCCUUAGCAAUUUCUGAGCUCACAAUGAAGUUUCUCGCACCUUUACGUAGUGGUGACAAGUUUGUGGUGAAAGCGAGGGUAUCGGGAACAUCUGCUGCGCGUAUUUACUUCGAUCAUUUCAUCUUUAAACUUCCUAAUCAAGAGGCAGUUUUGGAGGCAAAAGGAGUAGCUGUGUGGCUUGACAACAAGUACCGUCCUGUUCGUAUCCCAUCUCACAUACGCUCUAAAUUUGUUAAGUUCCAACGCCAAGACGACACCGUUUGAGUGAUCAGAAGCCCAAUUUCUAUUACUUACUGGGCCUACUGUAAGCCCAUAUGGGUUUCAAAAUAUAUGAUAUAUAUUCGGAUAAUGCACCCUUGGAUGUUGACAAAAAUGGAGAGAAACAAACGCAACAUUGGAUUUCUCCCGCCGUUACAGACCAACGAAGUGCGCGUAAGCAACUGAGGAAGCGGUAGAUGAAAAAACAAAAUCGAUUGUGAAAUAUUUUUUUUCGAUUGUGAAAAUAUUAAACAUCCAAAUAGUAAAAUAUUACCAAGAAGAAAAUAUUAGACAGAACUCCAUGUACUUAUGCAUACUAUUUGUAUAGACAAAACAUACACACACAUGGAAAAUCUAUUAUUUAUUUAAUUAUACUUUAACAAAACGCUAUAAACAACUAAAGAGAUAAUAUUUAGUGGUAAUACAAG